CCUUCUAUUGCAAUCAUGAGAUUUUCUUCGACUUCAACCUCUCUGGUCGCCACUCCCGAACAAGUAACUCUUGAACACGACCUUGCAGCUCCCUUGCGUGUUCGCCACCCGCCAUUCUUCAAAGGUUGCACUAAAAAACCGGUCUUCACUCUCUGUAAUCAAUUGCUUCCAUGUUUCCUACUGAUGGAAACAGUACCAGCCUGAAUCCAGAAGCACCUGAGUUCUUUCCUCAUAGUUACCUUGAAAACGACAUGGUUGCACCUUCGCAUAAUGUUGUUAACUAUACUGACCAAGAUCUCCCAAAUUUCUCGUUUCUUCCUGCAAUAAAUCAAAACCCAUCUUCUUAUUACUACUACCACUGCUACUCUACAUCAGGGCCAUCUUCUCAUCCUUAUCCUUACUAUACUGACACCGAUUAUCAAUAUCCUAGCAAUGCACAGUACUGCGUUACGUAUGCUCACAACCAUAACCUCUUGGUCUCUACAGUACUGACCAAGCCAAGCCCUAUCAUGGCAGUCUCUGAGGAAAUGCAAGCCCAAGAUGAGCCCAAAAAGGACAUGCAACAGUUGGUGACUGCAAGGGUUAGCACAGGAAGUAAAAAGAGAGGAGAGUGUAACAGAUAUGUUGGUUCUUUUAAUGGGAGAGAAGGGAGGUAUAGAGGGCACGAAAAAAAACAUGCCAAGAAGGAAUAUUUGAGAGCCAAGUCUAGUGGAAGUAGUAGAAAUCGCGAGAGGCAAUAUUCUUCCACCGGAAGGAAUGUGAGAUCUUGUGGUGGUGCCAAUUCUAGGCAGAAGCAUUCUGUGUUCCCUGUGCUGCCCGAUGGCCAAGAUACCACAGUUAUGAUCAGGAACAUUCCCAAUAGAUACACCCGUGAAAUGUUAAUGGAAUUCCUUGACAGACAUUGCAUGAUGGAGAAUGAAAAGGCAAAGAAGCAUCAAAAUUCUGACUCUGCCAAGGAGGCAAUUGUGUCAGCUUUCGAUUUCCUGUAUCUGCCUAUUGACUUCGAAAGAGAGGCCAACAAAGGCUAUGCUUUUGUUAACUUCACAGAUGCAAGAGCUGCGUGGAAGUUUUACCUUUCCACCAACCAUCAAGCAUGGGAUGUAUUCCAGUCCAGCAAGAUACGUGAGAUAGCCUGUGCUAGGCUUCAGGGAAAGGAGCAGCUAGUGAGGCAUUUUGAGAAGUCAACUUUUGAAUGCGACUCUGAUGAGUAUUUACCAGUAAGUUUCAGCCCAGCCAGAGAUGGUUCAAGGGCAGUGGUGGAGCAAAGGGCAGUGGGUAGACGUAUUAGUAACAAAAUCUAGCUAUGCGGCCUAGCUAUUAGAUAUGGUGACCAGGACGUGACAAGAACAAGAUUGUGUGCUUUUGUCAUUGUCAUUUUGUGGCCAUCAAUAUCAGGCCCCUAUAUAGCUACCUUGGCUACUGUAAUAGUUCAGUUUCAGUUUCUUGUUUAAAACUUGCUAAUUACUACCA